CUUUUGAAGCAAAUGUAAUAGAAAAACAGGAAACGUUUUCCUACCACUCUAUCAUGCAUAAUUGGAAACCUAAAAUUUAUAACUAGCAAUUAACUAAAGAAGGGUGUAGCUACAGUCAUGAUCUUGAGCUACAACUGACUGAUUCAUCCAUUUGCAGUGUUCCUCUUGAAUUUUCUGGUAAGUAAGUGAUAGCCUACACUUAGUUUUUCAUUACAUCUAGAUUAUGUCUAUUAACAUCAAGUUGCCAUUACUAAGGGUGAGAAAAAGGACAUCUAGUGCACUGUCAAGUAAUAUGUCUAAGGUUCCAAGAACAACCACUACCUAUGAACCAUUAAGAAAAGCUAAUAAGAUUGAGGAAGAAACGGUGGGUCUACCUAUCCCAACUGAUGAUGAUGAUGAUGCUCAUUUUGAGAGUUUAUAUGAUGUUAAGGAAAGACAUGCUGCAUCUGCUUGGGAAAAUAUGAGGUGUCAACUAAGAAACGCAUGCAUUGAAUCAUUAGUGAUGGAUGAUCAACCCUGCAUGGAAUGUUCUUCUGAAGCAGAAAUGUGGUGUCAGCGUUGUGGAUCUCGUGCUUUCUACUGUAAAGAAUGCUGGUUUCAUUGCCAUUCAAAAAGAAAUAUUUUUCAUACUCCAGUCUGGAAGGAUGAUAGUUGCUGGAGACCAGUGGAAAUUGGAGGAAUUAAGAUUAAUGUUUUGGUGCCACAUCCUUGUGAGUCAAAGGAAGAAAUUAUCAUUCGUUGCUUAGAUGAAGAUGGAAUUGAACACAAUGUGCACUUUAUGACUUGUAAGUGUGAGCCACUAGCAAUUUCUCUUGUCAGAGCUCAUUUGUGGCCAGCAUCUCCUACCAAUCCACGCUAUGCUUUUUGUUUUAACCUACUUGAUUGGGGUGAAGCUCUUCUCCUUGAGUGUCAGGUAUCUAUUAAAGGCCUUUGUGAAGCAUUAUAUUACAAAUGUCCAUAUAUUGUUAAGAAGAGAAGGGAUGUAUACAAAUGCUUGAUUGAUGCCUUUGAGGAAUAUAGAUAUAUGAAAGAGCAGUUAAGACAUUUGACUUUUCUCAAUGCUCAAUUUGAUGAAGGAAACGUUUGUCCCGCUUGUCCUAAAGCAGAAGGUAAUGUGAUUAUUUCAAUGGAUGCCCUGUUUGGUUUGCCACGUAAAAAGAGCUCUGGAAAGAGUCAUUCUGAGCCUUUAUCUGGUAAUCGAUUUUUUUGUAGCCAGAAUGAAGUUGAUCUAUAUGUAGCUCAAAAUUCACAAACAAUAAUUGAAGCAAAUGACUGCAGUUCUUUUAUGGCAGGAAAUCCCAUGCGAUCAGCAUCAAGGUUUCAUGCACUUGAUGAAACUGGUGUGUUAGGAUGUGCUUGUCGACAUGAAAUUCCAUUAAUGUUUUUAAAUCUUAAACAUGGUGAACGGCUGGUCUAUCCUUCGUUCAUAAUAGAGAAAAUCCUUCAUCAUUAUCCCAGUGAUGUACAUGUAACUAUGAUGUAUGAUGUUGCUUGCACAUUACAGAAGUUCCUUAUGAAGAAAUGGGAAGUAUAUGACAGCCGUCUUAGUUUGGCAAUACCAGUUUUUCAUGCAUAUGGGCAUAAAACAGAGUGCCAGCUGAAAUUUGCACCUAUAAGGACAAAUAAUAUUGGGCUAUCUGAUGGAGAGGUGAUGGAAAGACUGUGGUCUUUCUUAAGAAGAUUUUCCCGAAUAACGAAGGAAAUGAAGCCAUUUCAUCGCAUUGAUGUUCUUUCGUCAGCCUUGUCAUAUUAUUCUUACAAAAAGAGAGCUAAUUUGUAUAUAAAUACUAUGAAGCGAUUGAAGAGGGCUAUUGAUGGCAAAAUAAAGGCAGAACAAAGCCUUUCAGCUCUCUGUACUAGUGGUAACUUAAUAGAUUCUGAUAUUAUUAGAAUGGUUGAAGAAUCCAAUACCAUUCAAGUACAAAUUUCAUCAAAUUUACCGCGUACAUUUUUCCCAAAAUUAUAUCAUAUUAAUUGAGUUUUUUCAGAGACAUGGGAAGAUAAAUAUUUUAUGCUUCUUCAACUGCACUAUGAAUUGCAGGAAGUUAAAAUGUGUACAAACACAAUGAAAGCUUCAAGAGCAGAUGCUAAGCUCUCUCAGAUUAAUGAUCAACUAAAAAAAAUUGAGCUACAGCACAGCAUUAGCAAGCGGUGGACAAAGACCGAUGAAAAAUAUUGCACUCAUUUGCAGAAUUAUGUCAGAAAUUGCUGUGAAGAUUUGAAAAAGAAGUUGUGGUCAGCAUCUGUUAAAAGGCAUUUUCUUUUGUUCCAGAAAUCAAGAUAUGCUGAUGGACAUAAAAUUGCUAAGAAGUUAUCCAAACAAAUUUCGUCCAUAACCAAAACAAUAAGAGGUAUAACAGCUGAUUAUAAUUUGGAAGUUCCAAAAAUUGGCGAGUCUCAGGUACUACUGUCAGAUGUACUUAACCCAUCAUCACAGUUGUGGUCCAAUGAAGCAGGUACUCAUGAUGGGCCAAACAAGCAAGAAAUUGUUCAUUGCUACCUUACCAAAAAAAGGUGCGAAGAAGAGAUUGAAAUCACAACAAUUGAAUUAAAUAAUAUGAAAACUUAUUAUAAUAACCAAAUUUCUCAGAUUAAUGAUACCAUUCUAGAUUUAGACCAAUCAAGUUUAUUAGGAAAGGGACACAUUAUUCUUUUAAACAAGCUAAAGUGGAGAUAUGAAGUUCUUUUGGAGAAAUGUAGCGAUUCUAACUCUGAAGGCAAUAAUAGUGUCUCUGAUUGCGAUAGUAGUGACAGUGAUGAUGAAAGCAGUGAUGAAAGUAGUGACGAAGAUGAGAGUGGCGAUGAAGAUGAGAGUGGUGUCGAUUACAACAGUGAAUUGUUUAAUAUUAUGUAAUAAUUAUAACUAUUCAAUUAUUUUAAAAAUUUAUUGAUUUACAUUUCACUUGUGUUAUGUUGUUAUCAUUUCUUCUUAUAUGAAGUUUUUAACUGUUGCCAAAGUAA